GUUCCAAGUCAAAAGAGGGCGCUGUUUACAUUUGUUGGAAGCACACGUGUGGGCGGGGCGCGUGUACGUACCCGGAAACCCUAUGUCAUGUGCUGCUGUCAUGCGACUGUCAGUACACUCAUUUCUCCAAGAAAUGCCAGCAUGGCUUGUUCACCUUCCACUAGUCCAUGGAACAUCACCUUCAAAUUAUAGGCACGUGAUCUCCUGAUCUGAUGAGUGUGGACAUUUCCAGUGUUAGUAACAUCCCUAAACAUUCAUCGACGCCAUUUUCAUGAGUACAGAAGUUGAGAUUUUGCUGAAACAACUUGAGUGAUUUGUGGUUUCUCUGCAUCUGCUGUGUCGAUCAGUACCACCAUGGCAAGCUCACCAGAAUCGGACAAGUUUCUUCCAACGCAGAGAAGCUGGGUGUCGGCAAAAAGUGGGUCUGCGAGUGACGAUGAUAUCGCCGAUAGUUUUGUGGUUGUCACUUACAAUAUCCUUGCAGACUGUCACGUGGGUGCGGAGACGUAUCCCUACCUGCCUCCGGGAUACCGCACCAUUGAGGAGAGACACCCGCGACUGUUGAAGGAGUUGAAGCAUCAUGGAGAAGCCGAUGUCAUAUGUCUCCAAGAGGUUAAUGGCAAGUACUUCAAGGAGGUGUUAGAGCCAGCGCUGUCGGCACUGGGCUACAAAGGUUUCCAUGCCAACAAGGCGUUGGGCGUGGAUGAGGGAGUGGCAACCUUCUACAAACCCAGUCGGUUUGAGCUGGAGGGGCGCAAAGUGGUCUACUUCAAGGACCAAAUACAAGAGGAGAUCUCCCAUAUGUCCCUCCCGAUUGACCAAUCAGAAGCCAUCCUGGAGCGAACCCUCAAGGAAACGGUGACAAUGUUCUCCGAUUUUCGCUGCAAGAGAACAGGGCGGGUCCUGAAGCUGGGCAACGUGCACGCAUUCUGGAUGAACCACAUUGCAAUGGAUGUCAUCACUUUGCAGAUUGCAUUAGCUGCAAAUAUGCUAGCGCAGUUUGCCGAUGAUAACAAGAACAGCGCCCUCAUCCUGUGCGGUGAUUUCAACACAGAGCCGCAUAUGCCAGCCUACCAGCUGCUGAGAGACGGUCGCCUCAGCGACCAGAGCGUAGAAACGCUCCGCAAGUUUGACGUCGUGCCGAAGGACAGUCCAAAUGAGAGCUUCACUCUUGUUGAUCUAAUGGCGGCAUCCUUCCAGCAUGGCAUCCAGCAUUUCCAAAGUGCUUAUAAAACCAUCAUGGGGGUUGAAAUCCCAUUUUCGCAGUUCCACGACCCACAGGGCAUCGAGUGGAAAGAACAGCACCAAUUAGAAGACAACGUACAGCCAGAAACUGACGAUGUCACACAUGGGGACGACCAGUCAACGAGGCCGAGAGGGAAACGCAUCAAAGCCCUGGACUACCUCUGGUUCAGCGCGGAGACCCUGCAAUGCGACGGCGCCCUGGAAAUGGUCGCCAGGGAGGUCUUGGACAAUCUUUAUGCCUGCCCGAACACCGUGUUUCCAUCGGACCACCUUCUGAUGAAGGCCAAGUUCCAUUUAACGGAUGUGGUUUCCUAAAAGGAAGUUGUUGUGGAAGACAUCAAAGGGGGGGGGCCACAUAGUACCAACUUGGAGGGUCCUCUACCAUAAAAAAAAAUACAAAAUGCAUAUGUAGGGCUUGUAGCAACCAGGAUAAAUUUGUUGCCGUUUACUAAAAUUAGAAUUCAUAUUUGAUCAUUGAUAUUUGCGAAUUGUUCUUGUUCUUCAAUAUAUUCAAAUUCAAGUUUUCUAAUUGUUGCAUUUCAUUCACACCCAGUAGUUAAAUUUAGACAUACAACGACUCCAUUUCCUAUUUUUCAUGAAUAUGCAUGUUAUUCCGUUGUUUGACCAAUUAGCAACUUUAAAAUUAGCAUAUCGAUCAUUACCAUGGCCCCUGCCAAUCAGAGCACUAACUUAUUAUUCAAUUUAAAUGCCACGUUUUUGUAGCGCACUACCAGCGCUCUCUUCUGCCUCUUUCUCAACAUUGUUGCACCGCAGUUAAAUUUUCUCAACGAAUUUUGUUGCUCUUUUCACUAGCCUACUGUAUUUUCCAGCUCUAGCUUUAUGUCAAGAAUUCUUUCACUCUUUGUGUGCACUUUCAGUAGAGCUCUACACGUGUAAACAGUGCUUUUGACUCAUUUUUCAUCGACUGCUCUCCGUGAUUCAGCAGAGUUUUCGUCGUCUUGUGUACGUACGUGUUUACAUGUACAUACCAUA